AUGCGGAUAUUGCACCUGCUCACCGUGUUUUACGUGUUGUUGAACAGCUUUACUGUGUUUGGGAAAUCUUUCGAGUGCCCUUGCAUUUGCGAAUGUCGCAGAGACAGCAUCCAAUGUAAUAAACAGACAGAGGAUGGACGCCGAAACUGCACAUCGGCUCAAAUAAAAAACCUCAACACGCUUGACCUGAGUUUCAUAUCUCUGAAGGACAUCGGCAGGCUGAGCUUUGAUGGGCUGGACGGGGUUAUCAGAAUAUUGAUACAGCAGAGUGUUGCACUGGAAACCAUUCAACCUUACGCCUUCAACAAUCUUUCUCUCACAGAGAUCUACAUAAAGAACAACAAGAAUCUGGUGCAUAUUGGACAGCGGGCCUUCAACAACCUCCCACAGCUCAAACACCUUUAUAUUUCAAACACAGGCAUUACGGUGUUCCCUGAUUUGACUGCAAUCUCUUCGGGGGUCCUCUGUGGCUUGGAUAUUUCUGACAACCUUCGUCUUACUUCAGUACCACCAAAUGCAUUUCUAGGAAUUGACCGAAACCGUGUGGACAUAACCCUCUACAACAAUGGUUUCAAAGAGAUACAAAGCCACGCCUUUAAUGGGACAUCCAUCGAUAAACUGAUCUUAGGAAACAACCGGAACCUGCGCUUGAUCCACAGAGAGGCUUUUACUGGAGCAAAGGGCCCUAUCACUUUGGAUGUUUCCUCCACCGCUCUGGAGGUGCUGCCCCCUCAUGGCCUGGAGUCCGUCCAAAAGCUGGUGGCCAAGGCGGCCUUCGGCCUGAAGAGACUCCCCAGCUUCAGCAGCCUGCCCCAUCUCUGCAUUGUUGACCUCACCUAUCCCAGCCACUGCUGUGCCCUCAACGACUGGUAUGGACCAAGGUCCUCCGAUUCUGCGGUCACCGAUAACGCCACCAGCUCCGAUGAGGAGGUGACCGCUCAUGACGACAUCCACUUUGAUUACGGGUUUGUUCCGGCCUGGUCCUCCUCCUCCUCCUCCUCCUCCUCCUCCUCCUCCUCCUCCUCCCUCCACCGGUGCCUCAAGCCGUUCCAGUGCACCCCGGAGGCGGACGCCUUCAACCCGUGUGAGGACCUGACGGGCUUCGGCUUCCUGCGUGUGGCCAUCUGGUUCAUCAACGUGCUGGCCAUCAUUGGCAACCUGACGGUGCUGCUGGUCCUCUUCGGCAGCGGCGCCAAGCUGACCGUGCCCCGCUUCCUCAUGUGUCACCUGGCCUUCGCCGACCUGUGCAUCGGCGUCUACCUGCUGAUGAUUGCCGCCGUGGACCUGCGCACCCGUGGCCACUACAGCCAGCACGCCAUCGUGUGGCAGACGGGCGCCGGCUGCGGCGUGGCGGGCUUCCUGGCGGUGUUCGGCGGCGAGCUGUCCGUGUACACGCUGUGCAACAUCACCCUGGAGCGCUGGCACACCAUCGCGCACGCCAUGCGUCUGGAGCGUCGGCUGGGGCUGUCGCACGCGGCGGCCAUCAUGGCAGGCGGCUGGCUGCUGUGCCUGGCCGUGGCGCUGCUCCCCCUGCUGGGCGUGAGCAGCUACAGCAAGGUCAGCAUGUGCCUGCCCAUGGACAUCGACAGCGCGCUGGCGCAGGCCUUCGUCAUCGUGCUGCUGCUGCUGAACGUGGCCGCCUUCCUGGUGGUGUGCGUGUGCUACGUGCGCAUCUACCUGGCGGUGCGCAACCCGGAGUUCCCGGGCCGGCGCGGCGCCGCCGACGCCAAGAUGGCCAAGCGCAUGGCGGUGCUGAUCUUCACCGACUUCCUGUGCAUGGCGCCCAUCUCCUUCUUCGCCAUCUCGGCGGCGUUCCGCGCGCCGCUCAUCACCGUCACCAACUCCAAGAUCCUGCUGGUGCUCUUCUACCCCAUCAACUCCUGCGCCAACCCCUUCCUCUACGCCAUCUUCACCAAGGCCUUCCGCCGCGACGCCUGCAAGCUGCUGCGCGCGCUGGGCUGCUGCGAGAGCAAGGCGGGCCUGUACCGCGUCAAGGAGUACUGCGCCGGGAACAUGAUGGGCCGCCACCACAACAACAACAACAAGCAACGCCAUGGCAACGGGAAGAAGGUCAAGGGUCACGGUGGUCAGAAGACGGGAGGGGGAGGGGGAGGGGAGCUGCGCUGGGUACCAGUUCUUAGGAAGGAGGAGAUGAACAGACUCAAACAGCAACAGCGUGAGGUGAAGGGAACAGAGGGGUGA